AUGACGAGUGCUUCAAAAAAAUCAACGGAAGAAAAUAGUGAGGAAGUGGAAUGUACCAAUAGCUCCAGGAAACGGCGGAUGAGACAGAGGGAACGGAACAUAUACAUCUCGGAAUGCCAUGGAAUAAAGGAGCUAUCGUCGCUCGUACGUCGCGGGUUCCAGCAGAUAAUGACGGCGAGAGGGUUGUUUAUAUCUGGGUGCCCUGAUCUCGUAAAACUGGAUGAUGGGACCAGUGGGGAAGAAGAGGGGGGAGAAUAUUACAGGCAGCUGGAAGAAGUCCAAGUUAGCAGGUGCCCUCGACUCACCGAUUUAAGCGGGUUGGGGAAGUGCAAGUACUUGAAGGUGGUUGAUAUUUCUGACUGCCGAAAACUGGAAAACAUAGGGGAACUUAAAAGUUGUCGAACACUGGAGAAACUCGCGCUCUCACGGUGCACAGGCUUGGUGGAUGUGAAUUUGAGGGGAUUUGGUAAGUUGUUAUCUUUCGAUAUUUUCAAAUGUGCGAACUUGACAAAGAUAUGCGGACUUUUCGGAUGCCCCAUACUAGAAACAUUAACCGUUGAGGAGUGUGGAGACGUGAAAGAAAUGGAGGUACGAACUAUACGAGGACGGGUGGAAACGCUGAGAAUUGCAGGGAAGAGGGCUAUGGAAAAUGUGGGAUUUUUGUGCCUCUUCACCAAUAUGAAAAAGCUCGCACUAUGUGGGUGUGUUGGGACUGUCGCGGAGGUACUCGGAGAGGAGGCCGGUGGGCUUCCCCGUCUAAAAUGGUUGGAGUUGAUUGGCAUCCGCAUGGAAAGGCAAAUGAAGGAUAAGCCUGGAAAUGGUGUUGCAGCGACUGAGGAAGGAAAUAACGCUAAACGGGUAUUACCAAUGAUUGUUCAGAACGAAUGA